GAAGCACUAAUAGUAAUUUUCCGAUAAAUCAAUAGCAGAACUAACAAAAGAUCGACAUAAAACAAAAUAAUAACACGUGCGUUUACGAAUGCAACUGCUUUCAUUUUUACUUAAGUUCUUAUAUCUACUCAAUUUAAAUAAUGGCAUCGUCUGAAAGUGAACAAUCUGAUAGUCAACUUGAAUCGCAUGAGGAGGAGGAGCCGGAUUUAGAUGCUAGUGACACCGAUUCUGAUGAAGAUGAUGAGAAUUUGGAUAAUGAACUGGCCAUGUCAAAAUCACUCGAGGACAAAGUUGCUGACCAGCUGACUAAAAAGUAUUCAGAACGACAGGGGAAACAAUUGUAUAUCCGCUUCCCACAUAAACUACCAGAGGAUGAUGCCGAGUUUCAGAAAGAGGCCAAGUCCCUGUCUCCUUUAAUUGUGAGAGCACAUAAACCUCGACAAAAACACGCACGUUUUUGUCUUGUUGACUUUAAUUCACGUGAAGAUCGUGAUACCGCCUUUAAAGCCAUAAAAUUAUUAGCAAAAGGUGAGAAAAGAAUAGUUGUGUCGAUUCCACGUACGGAGAGCUCUGACUUUCUUGAGGAACUUGUUCAGCGCAAAGUGAAUUCUUUGGAAAAGAAAAAAGCAAAGGCGCGAUUGAGGCGUGCGAGCAAAUUAGCAUUGCGUGCUAAGAAUUUCACAUCAUCGAUUGUUAUAACAAAUCUACCCCAAAGUGCCUCUGUAUCGGAAGUGCGUAGAUUAUUCCCAACGGCUGUAGAUGUACAAAUAAAGCCCGGCAAAGGUAGAUUAACCGCUUCAAGUAUAGCGGCAAUAACCUUGCCCACUACAAUGGAAGCUCGCGCUGCAGUCAAAAAGAAACAUUCACUGGGUGGAACUGCGUUAAAAGUAUCUUUCAAUACCCAGCAACUUAAAGGCGGAAAAAAAUUUAAGAAAACUAGCAAACAGAAGAAAUCAUUGAAUGGGGGGCCAGCAACAAAAACAAAAAACAAAAGAGAACUAUGAAAGGUGAUAAAAAAAACUAAAUCGUAAAAUAAGCCUGUUAGUUUAUAUUGUUGAGUUAUAAAUUUCUCAACAAAUUUUAUAUUUAAUAUAUGUACAUAUUACAUAAGUUGAUCACUAAAGGUGAAAAUAAGAAAUGUAAUAAAUAGAAAAACAUUGA